AUGAAGCUGGAGAAGGCCGUGGGCUGCCUGCUGACGCUGGUGCUGAUGGCUACAAUGCUGACCAUGACAGAAGCAGUUCCCACCCCCAUACCCAGUAGGACCCUCUUGGAUGCAAGGGGCUGCCACAUUGCCUAGUUCAAGUCUCUGUCCCCACAGGAGCUACAGGCCUUCAAGAGGGCCAAAGACACCUUUGAUUCGCUCUUGCUGAAGAACUGGAGCUGCAGCUCCCGUCUCUUCCCCAGGACCUGGGACCUGAGGCAGCUGCAGGUGUGGGAGUGCCCUGUGGCCUUAGAGGCUGAGCUGGCCCUGAAGCUGGAGGUCCUGAAGACCAUGGCUGAGUCGGCCCUGGGGGCUGUCCUGGAACAGCCCCUUCACAUGCUGCACCACAUCCACUCCAAGAUCCUGGCCUGUGUCCCAGCUCAGCCCACAGCAGGCCCCAGACCCCAGGGCCACCUCCACCGCUGGCUACACAGGCUCCAGGAGGCCAUGAAGAUGGAGUCCCAAAGCUGCCUCAAGACCUCUGUCACGUUCAACCUCUUCCACCUCCUCAUACGGGACCUGAAAUGUGUCACCAGCGGGGACCAGUGUGCCUGA